AUGGCCCGGCGGCCCUCCACCGCGUGGGCAGAGGAGGAGGAGGAGGAGCGGCCGCUGACGGUGGUCUUCGCGUCGCCAGCCGAAUACUUCACGGACGCGGCGCCGAUCGGGAAUGGCAGCCUCGGCGGCAUGGUGUGGGGCGACGUCGCCACCGACAAGCUCCAGCUCAACCAUGACACCCUGUGGACCGGCGCGCCAGGGAGCUACACCGACCCGGACGCGCCGGCUGCUCUCGCGGCGCAGCAGGCGUACGGCUCCUACAAGAGGGAGCUGGAUCUACACACGGCGACAGUGCGCAUCACCUACGGCGUCGGGCCGGUGCAGUACACGAGGGAGCACUUCUGCUCGAACCCGCAUCAGGUCAUCGUCACCAGGAUCGCCGCAAGCGAGACAGGGCACGUCUCCUGCAAGCUGUCCCUGAGCAGCCAGCUAAAGAACACCGUCACUGUGACCAACGCUAAUGAGGUUGUCAUGGAGGGCGUCUGCCCAGGACAGAGGCCUCCCGCUGGCCUUCUGAGGAGUAGCCGCAACUCCAGCAGCUCCAGCGAUGACGAUGUAACAACAGGAGGCAUCAAGUUUGCGGCCGUUCUUGGUGUGCAGAUGGACUCUACGCUGGAUCCCACAUCUGCAGCUGUGGCCACAUUGAAUCGUGCUAGAAGUCUGACGUACGAACAACUGAAAGCUGCUCAUUUGGAUGAUUACCAGCGCCUCUUUCACCGUGUUACCUUGCGACUCUCACCACCAGGAGGAGGAUUGGAGGACGCACACGGCGGUUUGAUGAGGACGGGAGGAAAAGAGAUGUUGAAAAGAGGAAUUGGUGAUGAUGAAGGAAUCAUCAGAACUUCUGCAGACAGGGUGAAGAGUUUUGCUACUGAUGAGGAUCCCUGGGUCUGCCUGGGACUCAAGUAUCCAAUCUGCAAGGAAUCUGGAGCCAAGAUGUUGCAACAGCAUGGGACUCCUCAUCUUAACAUAAAUCUACAGAUGAAUUACUGGCCAACGCUGCCUUGCAACCUUAGUGAAUGCCAGGAACCAUUAUUCGACUUCCUUCAAUCUCUUGCAGUAAAUGGUAGCAAAACAGCGAAGGUCAACUACCAAGCACGCGGAUGGGUAACGCAUCAUGUGUCAGAUGUAUGGGCGAAGUCUUCAGCCUUUAUUAAGAAACCUAAGCAUGCUGUGUGGCCAAUGGGAGGUGCUUGGCUUUGCACACAUCUAUGGGAGCAUUAUCAGUUUUCUCUUGACAAAGACUUUUUGGAGUACACUGCAUAUCCAUUGCUGGAAGGCUGUGCCACUUUUCUGGUUGACUGUCUGAUUGAAGGACCUGGAGGCUACCUACAAACAAAUCCCUCAACGUCUCCGGAGCAUGCUUUCACAGCUCCCGACGGUAAGCCAGCGAGCGUGAGCUAUUCAACCACAAUGGACAUCUCAAUUAUAAGGGAAGUUUUUUCAGCUGUCCUUCUGUCUGCAGAGAUCUUGGAGAAGUCUGAUACUGAUUUGGUUGAGAAGAUUAAGAAAGUUCUCCCAAGGCUCCCUCCCAUUCACAUUGCAAGAGACAAUACUAUCAUGGAAUGGGCACUAGAUUUCCAGGACCCAGAAGUCCAUCAUAGGCACUUGUCGCAUCUAUUUGGACUUUACCCUGGACAUACUAUAACCAUGGACAAUAAUCCUGAUGUUUGUGGAGCUGUUUCUAAUAGCCUUUAUAAAAGAGGCGAAGAUGGCCCAGGAUGGUCAACAACAUGGAAGAUGGCCCUCUGGGCACGUCUUAUGAACAGCGAGAAUGCAUACAGAAUGGUCCUGAAGUUCACAGCUGCCAUCUCCGAGAUGCUGGUUCAGAGCACACAGAAUGAUCUCUACCUGCUCCCUGCCCUGCCUCGCGAUAAGUGGCCCAGAGGCUGUGCCAAAGGGCUGAGGGCUCGAGGAGAUGUGACUGUAAACAUAUGCUGGGACGAAGGGGAGCUUCAAGAAGCAAUGUUAUGGUCGAAAAACCAGAAUUCAGUUACAAAGCUGCACUACGGUGGGUGCGUUACCUCUGUUAGAGUUUGCCGCGGUACUGUGUACAAGUUCAACAGGGGAUUGCAGUGCUUGGAGGCGUGGCCCGCUUGGCAAAUAACUUUCACAAUUUACAGACAGUCAGUACAAACAGAGUUGAUAGCUAAUACAUACAUGUGCUUUCUCUACCUCAUCAAAUUAAGAGAGUGA